CUACAAUUUCAGUCAAUGUAUCCACCAUUUGUCCACUGUACAACGUUUUGCAAAUAUGUGAUCAAAUGUUUAAAGCAGUUUCAAACAGAAGAUAGACAAGUUAUGACGAAUCGUUGAGAAUGAAAUCCCGUGAUUUUUGUAAAGGUUGUAGGAGAUUGUCUGGGAGGUAUGCGAUGAUAUGCUGUAUUAUGCUAUUUAUUUCCUUGCCAAUUUUCCCGUUUGUUUUGGUUGGACACAUUGUUGUAGCAGAAUGGCGAGUAAAGAACGAGCCGCAUGUUAAUAAAUUUGCUCCUGUGGUUCUUGCAGAGUUUACGGACCAAGUAUUCUCUGCCACUCGGGAGUCGGAUACUCGUGAUACAGGGAAUAUGUCGUACUUGACGGUAAUGUUUUCAGGGGGAUUGGGGAACAGAAUGUUUCAGUAUGCCUCAUUGACAUGUAUCGCUCACCACAAUAAAAUGCAGGGUCAUUUACCACAGGGCUGUAUCCUACCAGAAGUUUUCAACAUCCCAAACUCAGAACUAGCACUCAGUGAGAGCAUAUUCUCCAGACCGGGUAUCAACUAUCCGAAAUUCCUCGAAAAAUCCUCCUAUAUUUGGGACAAAAGAACUCUCCGUCUUAACCCCAAAUUAAACAUUGAGCUUCUUGGAUAUUUUCAGUCGUGGAAGUAUUUUCAUAGCUGUAAACAUAAAGUAAGAAGACAACUUUCAUUCAAGACUGAUGUCGUGAAAGCUGCAAACAUGUAUCUAACUCAAGCUGCCAACAAAGCAGGAGAAGCGAGACCGACAUUUGUGAGCAUACACGUAAGACGUGGUGAUAUCACACAAGUACCACAUAUUGCAGAACUAGGAUACACGACAGCUACAAGACAAUAUUUUCUCAACUCCAUGGAAUAUUUCAAAUCAAGACACAAAAAUAUCGUAUUUGUAGUGUGCUCCAACGAUAUCAAAUGGAGUAGAGAGAAUCUUUCAAACAAUAACAACAGUAUAUAUUUUGUUGACUCUGGUCGAGAUGAAGUAGACCUUUGCAUCCUCUCUAGGUGUAAUCAUAGCAUUAUAAGCACGGGUAGUUAUGGCUGGUGGGGAGCAUGGUUGGCAUCUGGGGAGGUGACCUAUUACAAGCAUUUCCCUAAACCUGGCUCUCCCCUGCACAAAUCAUUCAACCCAUGGGACUACUUCUUGCCUGAAUGGAUAGGACUGGAUUAAGACUUCCAGGUACAAUACACCAAUUGUCCAAUAACCUCAUUUCAGUGGUUAACACGGUGAAAUAUUGGCCUAAGGGCCACCAUGGCGGAUAGUAUAGCCAAUAUGGCCCGGAACUAUAUAUGGGUCAACCUAGCUAUGGCUCGAGUUAAUAUAAGCCUUCUAAACUAUACUGGUACAAAUUCCGUGAGAACAGGCCUCGGUGAUAAUGAAUAAUGACCAUUCCCCUUAAUGUCAUCGUCAACUAUUAUCACGGUGUUAUAGCACGACGGUUACGCCACCUCUGAAAACGAGGUUGGAAGGCUAUGUUCACUUAUUCAUCCAAUAAAAUGGCCGCGAUGGGAGAGAAAACUAAGGUUGGUGC